CUUCGACCCGCCUGGAAGUGUAAUAUCUCGACUGAGAGCCGUCUGACCUUUUUCUUUUCUUUUUCUUUUUUUCGUCUUUCUUGUUGACAUUGAUCCGUCAUACUGACAUCUGCAUAACGCACCCCUGUUAUCACAUUAUUAUUGCCCUCUGCAUGACGAACCCAUCAACGCGAACGAUUUGUGAGGAAAUAUCAGUCGUCAUGGACCAACAAGAUUUGCAACAUAAUAGUCGCUGUCGUUCUACCCACCACCCCAACACAUACCCGAAUGUUCAGCCACAGGCAACAGGAUCUGGUUAUGGAGUCUACCCCACUCCAACAUCCCACCAGGAAUGGCUCCACCUCAUGUCUAUUGGUUCCCUGUACCAGCCUUUGUUCUAUGCGGAGAACACACACGACUCUACAUCACAGUACUGGACCGGCCACCCAGUCGAGACCGGCAGGUCACAAGCCCUUGCGUCGCCGCCUCAAGGGGUUCCAACCGUUCCGACGGCGCCAGCGGUGGCGGCACCGGUGGCGUCUCCCGUCCCGUCUUCCGUCCCGUCUGCCUCGGCGCGCACGCCGAAUUGGGAUGCGUGGAGCCCCCCGAGAGAGGAGUCGCGAAGCCCGGCCGAGGACCGUGAAGAGGAGGCGUGGGAGCCCGAGGACCUCCGCCGGAUGGGCUACCUCGACUCCAGCGGCAGCUGGCGCUGCCGGUACGAGGGCUGCCGUUCGACCCGCGUCUUCGUGCGCGCCUGCGACCUGAGGAAGCACUUCCGCGGCCACGACAAGUACUUCUUCUGCACCGAGAGGCCCUGCGCCAUCGCCGGCGUCGGCUUCUCGACCAAGAAGGACUACCAGCGCCACAUGGGCUCUCACCAGCCGACCAUCAAGUGCCCGCACCCCGACUGCGGACGCAUCUUCAGCCGCAAAGACAACAUGAGGGAACAUUUCAGGAAGAUCCACAUGUGUCUGCGGAACAACCUGUUUCCUCGGCCGUGCCGCCGAUCACGUCGUGCCAGCGAGGACAAAAGGUCGCCGCCGGCGUCCAACGCGACGAAGUGUUCAAGCCGGGAGGCGACGAAGCCAGGAGCUGACCUCCAUCAGAACAUCGGAACGACGAGGCAGCAGACAUAAAGUAUUAUGGUUGGCCCGCUGGAAAAAAAAAACCUUACGAUGCAGUCGUACACUUUUUUUUUUUUUUUUUUUUUUU